AUGAGGCUCUGGGCUUGGCUUUCUUCGCGGAUUCGUCCUGCAGCAGCGCGCCUAUGGCGCUGGCUGCUGCGCCGGGCAGCAGCCGCAGCAACGCUCCUGCUUUUUGUGUGCUGUUGCAUUUAUCUGCACCUCCGUUCCAUCCCGGAAAAGUUCACGGCUCAGGAGCUGCUCGUGCAGCACCUUCAGCGGGAGUCGUCGGAGGCCUUUGCUAGCGUCUUGGCAAGCAUGCGUGCCCUGAGGAUUCCUCUCCUUGAGCUCAUGCGCAUCUUGGGAGCCCUCCUCUUAGACGCUGCCUCCCUCUUUCUUCUGUGGGUAAAGUUCGUUUACCCUGUGGUUGCGCCGCUGGUGGCUACGGGCAUUCGGCUGUAUAUAGAGCUACAACCGCAACAGCAGUUACUCAUCGCCGCGUCGGCGGCAGCGCUACCCCUCUUCUACUUCUUACGUGUUAGCACAAGAGUGAAGCGCAUGCGGGCUGUUGUCACCUCUUUUUACAGUGGUUUCACUGCCUAUGUGGCGGCAGGGGCCCCCUUGGCCCUCACGGUGCUGCUGCACUGCUGUUGCUGCCUCGUCCUUGGAAUUCCUCGGCUCACGCGGUUCCUGUCUGUAGUUUGGCUACCCUUGCCACUGCUGGGCACAGCGCUCUUUGCUGUAACAAACUUUGACGUCUUUAGAAGCAUCUUCGCUGUUUCACCAGGUCCCUCUGCUGCAGCUCUGGCACCUCUAGAAGCGGAUACACCGGGAGCAACGGCAAUAGCAACGGCACUCUGCGUCGAGAGAAGACUGAGGGCCUUGCGUUCCCUCACAUGCUGGCUCAUGCUGUGGUUCCUACAAGGUCUUGGCUGCAUGCUGAGCAGCCUCCUGCUAACGCUCCCUUUGCCCGUCUCCUUCCAGGCCUACAUCGAGGCAGCCCCUCUGCAUCUGCUUCUCUCCGCCUUGCUGCUGGGAGUGCUGACGGGAGGCAGCAGCAGCCUUAUCCUCUUUGCCUACGGCCAUAAAUGCGUGGGGGGCCUUGCAGCCGCGCUCAAUCUCUUCUCUCGCAAGUUUUUUGGCAUUCAGCUGCUGCUACCGAAGCAGCAGCGGCAGCAGCAGCAGCAGCUCCUGCUUCGGGCUCAGGCGCAGCAAAAGCUCUUGACCAGCGCAACCGCGCCAGUCAUCGCAGCGAGAGCGAAGAAGGCAUCCACAGGCACUCUACAGCUGGCACAGACCUUCAGACUAGAUGCAGGCGAGGUGCUCAUGCAGCACUGUCUGCCCGACUUCUCUCCUCUAGAGGAGACGCAGCAGGAGCAGCAGCAGGCCGCAUCGGCCAAUACCAAAUCUGUGCUGCAGCGCCUACGUUCGGCUGCAGUGGUGGCACUCCGUAUUUCUCCCCCAACAAGCAGCGGCAACAGCGCGGAAGCAUCGGCAGGAAUGCAAAGUAGCAGCUUUCUGGGAUCUCGCUUCCAGCUUCGAAGCUGGCGUGUGCUGCUGCAGCAAGUAUUGCAGCAGACAGGCUUCGUAGUAUCUCCUUCUGUGCUGUAUGUUAUAACUGCAGCCAAGGUCCUGUCUAGCAUAGCCAAACUAGACCCACCUGAGCCGCCGGCCUCUCCUCACCAGAAACAGCUCCCGCAGACAUCCCCUGAGGAUGCCCAGAGUACCUUGAGCUGCAAGGGCAGCAGUGGCAGGAUUGCUACCAAAGGCAAGUUGCGUAUGCUCAGAGUAUUCAGAAAAAGGAAACGAGAAAGGGCAGCACCCACAAGCACUGUAGCAGUAGACGACAAAAGCAGUUAG